AUCAGUGCUCUGAUGAUCGGUGCCCAGCAAUGCCACCCGCAAGUUCCGCCCACCUGUGCCCAGCAGUGCGCCCUACUAGCUCCGCCCACCUGUGCCCAGCAGAUCACCCACCUGUGCCCAGCAGUGCCCCCACCUGUGCCACUCUGCAGUGUCACACACCUGUGCCCACCAGUGCCACCCACCAGUGCCCGCCAGUGCAGUGCCGCCCGCCAGUGCCGCCCGCCAGUGCCGCCCGCCAGUGCCGCCCGCCAGUGCCGCCCGUCAGUGCCGCCCGUCAGUGCCGCCCGUCAGUGCCGCCCGUCAGUGCCGCCCGUCAGUGCCGCCCGUCCGUCAGUGCCGCCCGUCAGUGCCGCCCGUCAGUGCCGCCCGUCAGUGCCGCCCGUCAUCAGUGCCGUCUAUCAGUACCCAUCAUCAGUGUCACCUAUCAGUGCCGCCUAUCAGUGCUGCAUAUUAGUGCCACCUAUCCGUGACACCUCAUUAGUGCUGUCUAUCAGU